AAUACCGAGACGAACCUCGAGAUCUCACGCAUGAUAUUAAACGCCUCCAGGGUUACCCCCUCAAUUGUGGCGGAUUCAGUAACGUCUGGAAGUGCAAAUUAGCUCACUUUUUUCGAAAUGGUACCAAAAUGCGCUCGCAAUACGUCGCCGUCAAGGCUGUUAGAAUGCUAUCAAGGGACCCAGAAGUCGUCAAUAAAUUGAUCAAGAAAUUGCGUCAGGAAGUCUAUAUUUGGCAGACGCUGGAACACCCACAUAUACUGCCUCUGUAUGGCACUGCGGACGGUUUUGACACUGUCCCAGCGCUAGUUUGUCCGUGGAUGGAAAAAGGUUCUCUCCAUGGAUAUCUGGAUGAUAUGUGGAAAAUGCAGUUGCCGCCUAACAUGCAACGUCUCUUUCUUCUCCUUCUACAAGUUGUUUUAGGUCUGCAGUAUUUGCAUGAAAAGGACAUUAUCCAUGGGGACCUUAUGGCCCCUAAUGUUCUGAUCGAUGAGAAUGGGGACGCUCUCCUUGCGGACUUCGGCAUGUCGCGCCUGCUGGCGGACCAUGAAACAUCUUUCUUCAAAUCUAACAGCCCAGGCGCAAUUCGUUGGGCCGCUCCAGAAAUCAUAUCACUCGAUAAUGAAAACACCGAUGAAAAAGUUAGCGAGCCAAAUAGAACAAGUGACAUCUAUUCAUUUGGUUGUAUCAUGGUGCAGGUGCUAUCUGGCCAAAACCCGUACUGGGAUAUAAAGUCCGAACAUGCUGUCACUGUAGCCAAAUCCAAAGGCGCUGUGCCGACACGGCCUACACUACAUGCAAUCGCCGAUGAUCACUGGUGCUAUCUCGAACGGUGUUGGUCGCCGUGCGUUGAGACGCGGCCUUUGGUUGGAGAAGUUCUGGAAUACAUUCAGGCAGAAUACGACAACAGAACUUAGCUUCUUGAGCUGGCCUCUUCCGCCAGUGAUACAAACGAGUUGACCUCGAACGCCACGUUUCCUUGCAGCUGCAGCACAUGUGUUGUAUUCAGAUCGCGUGUAUUUAUUCCGUCAUGGCACGAUACAUUACUACUCACUACAUAUCCUCCCAUUAUCUUCCUGGCAGAAUUGACUGCCCUACAAUAAAUUUCUGGCUCGCAUCUGGC